AAUAUAUUCGUCAUACACUGACACACAGGCUAUUAGUCUGUCCAGCAUCCGAGGGCUGCACGAGUGUGUAGCGUCGAUUACGUUUUCUAUCAUUUUCCAUUUGGCCAGGACUCCGAUCCCACUUAUGCUGCAAGAGACCGGAGUAAACUGUUGGAUUAUACUUUUUGUUCCUUAUUUUUUGCUCUCUUUUCAUUGCAUUGCGUCUCGAAAGAAAUCAUUCUGAAACUGCUUUUGUUAAAUACACGUGUCAAAAUGCUGGUGAGUGCGAGUUUGGCGAAUAAAAACUACGACUACGACUACGACUCCAUGCAGCCCUAUUUCUACUUCGACAACGACGAUGAGGACUUUUAUCACCAUCAGCAAGGACAGACUCAACCUCCAGCUCCCAGCGAGGACAUCUGGAAGAAAUUCGAGCUGCUGCCCACGCCGCCCCUCUCUCCCAGCCGGAGACAGUCGCUCUCCACCGCCGAACAGCUGGAGAUGGUCAGCGAGUUCCUGGGAGACGACGUGGUCAACCAGAGCUUCAUUUGCGACGCGGACUAUUCCCAGUCCUUCAUCAAGUCCAUCAUCAUACAAGACUGCAUGUGGAGCGGCUUCUCCGCUGCUGCCAAGUUGGUUUCUGAGAGAUUAGCGUCCCUGCACGCUGCAAGGAAGGAACUGAUGUCUGAUAGCAGCUCAAAUCGACCCAAUUCAAGUUAUUUGCAGGAUCUGAGCACCUCUGCAUCAGAAUGCAUAGACCCUUCUGUGGUCUUCCCGUAUCCCCUCCCUGAGUCCGGCAAAUCCAGUGAGGUUGGUCCAUCAGAGCCCAUGCUUGUCGUGGACACUCCACCUAACAGCUGCAGCAGCAGUGGCAGCGAUUCUGAAGAAGAAGAGGUGGAGGAAGAGGAGGAUGAAGACGAGGAAGAGGAAGAAAUUGAUGUGGUGACUGUGGAAAGGCGACAGAAAAAGAACGAGACGGAGGUGCCGGAUUCAAGGUACCCCAGUCCUCUGGUGUUGAAACGCUGUCAUGUCUCGACCCACCAGCACAACUACGCCGCCCACCCCUCUACACGGCAUGACCAGCCGGCUGUCAAGAGGCUACGACUGGAGGCCAGCAGCAACAACAGCAGCAGGCAUGUGAAACAACGCAAGUGCACAAGUCCCCGGACAUCGGAUUCUGAGGACAAUGAUAAACGCAGGACUCACAAUGUGCUGGAGCGCCAACGCAGAAACGAACUCAAACUCAGCUUUUUUGCAUUACGGGAUGAGAUCCCUGAAGUUGCAAAUAAUGAGAAAGCUGCUAAAGUGGUUAUCCUAAAAAAGGCGACAGAGUGCAUCCGCAGCAUGCGGUUGGAUGAGCAAAGACUGCUGUCCAUCAAAGAACACCUGAGGCGAAAGAGUGAACAGUUAAAACACAAGCUGCAGCUGCUGCGAAGUUCACAUUAAUGGAUCUGUUACACAAGAGUCAAAGUGAAAAAACUUUUUAAGAAACCCCCUCCCCCUGCUUUUUUAUGCAAGUUUAAGACUGUUGCUGUGUAUUGUUGAUGUUGCAUGUCCAAUGCAUUUUUUUCUCUCUCUUUUGAAUACUGCCAGUUUUUUUCAUGUUUGAAACUGCCACAGUUUAAAAUUUAAGGUGGUUAAAAUAAUUUGUAUUUAAGUUGUUUAUUUUUAUUAAUAAAAUGAGAAAAAAUAGGGCUGCACAACCCUAAAGUAAAACAUUUUUGUAUGUUUUUGUACAUAAUGAAUUCAUAUUUCCUAAGAAAGAUAUUUUUGGAUCUGUAUCAGCUACAUGUUCUCAUAAACCAUAUUCGGUUUCAUAUGGUUUUCUUCAUGUUUUCACUAAAUCAUAAAUGAAUUUCUUUCUGAA